CCGCCGGUGUGGGCGGAGGUGCUCGCUGGAGCCGGGGCUCUUCUGAUGAAGAAGAUCCAUUGGUAUCAGUUGCAGGAGUGUCUAUAAAAGGAAAUUUAAGACCAAGGUGUUUGCCAAAAUAUCAAACUGGUCAAACUGAACUGAAGGUGCCUGUAGCUGUUGCUUGUGUUUCCAUGGAUCCUGAUAAAGGUACAGGAGGUGUGAAAGGGCAGCAGGGCACUAAUGAAGGAGGAAUGAAGAGUGCUUCUUUAAAGGAUUUGUGUCCUGAGGACAAGAGACGCAUUGCGAACUUAAUUAAAGAACUUGCCAGGGUAAGUGAAGAAAAAGAGGUGACGGAAGAACGGCUGAAAGCUGAACAUGAGUCGUUUGAGAAGAAGAUCAGACAACUAGAGGAGCAGAAUGAACUUAUCAUCAAGGAAAGGGAAGCUCUGCAGCAGCAGUACAGAGAAUGCCAAGAACUUUUGAGCCUUUAUCAGAAGUACCUGGCUGAGCAGCAAGAAAAACUAUCACACUCCCUUUCUGAACUCAGUGCUGCCAAGGAAAAAGAGCAGAAGGUAUCCACUAAGAAGAGCAUGUGCCAACAGCCCUCUUUGGGGCUGGACAGAUCCUACUUGGAUGUUGGGGGACCAUGGACUCUUCAUCAGAACAGUAGAGCAUCGAAGGCUGGAAGCCCAGCCCGUGUUGUGCUGUCCCAGCCUUGCAGGAAUAACCAUGAUUACAGGACUGAAAUGCAUUACACCCAUCAGGAAUGUCUGAAGGAGUAUCCAAUGGAAAAUGAGUUGCACAGAAAGUGCAACAACGUGAUUUCCCCAGUCAAGCAGAGGAGCCCUCACCAUGUAAAGCAAGCUCAGGAGAUGGACCACAGAGCAAGUGAAUUUCAGAGCACGUGCCCUCAGCAAGUGAGUCAUGGCUCACAUGCCUGGAGGCAUGUGGGGAGCUCAGGGAGUGUGGAAGAGAGCUGCUAUGUCAGCCAGAUACUUAGAAAACAGUCUGGGACAGUUCACAAAACCUGUGAUCAUUCCAGGCACUGUCGAGGUUCUGGGCUGAAUCACAGUGUGGACUCAGGGCCUAAGGAAACAGAGCUGGCCAAAAGGUUGUAUGAAGAAACAAGGCAGAAGCUGCUUCUUCAAAAAAUGGAGCUGGAAAUUGAAAAGGAACGACUCCAACAUUUAUUGACUAAGCAAGAAGCAAAACUGCUCCUAAAACAACAGCAACUACACCAAUCCCAUCUGGAUUAUAACAGGAUUAGAGGCCACGCAGCUGGCUCAGAAGAUGUGCCCAUUGCUGAAGCACCCAGAGAACUUGCUCUGAUGAUGAACGGCAGCAGCAUGGGGCUAAGUGUCCCGGUGGUGAAAUGUGAAGAUUAUUUACUGAGGACACCUCCAGUCAGCAAAAACUCCAGAAAAUCAGGGAGCAGUCGUGGGAGCAGUUCAGGGAAGAAAAUGGUUGGCUUUGGUGAAAACGUGGAUGAUGGGCAAAGCCCUCUAAUGCAGACCAAGAGGGAAGGCACCAAGGCCAGGAAAGGGACAACUGCAGGACCUAGGAAGGAUGCAGCCAUAUCUCCUGGGUUGAUGGGCAGCAGCAAAGCGCUUGCAACCACAGCCAUAUCACCGAUUCAGCAUGACCCUUCACGGUAUGAAGCCUCUCUUCUGGACCUGGUGGAAGCUAUGAACCCAGCAUCAGCUCCGGGACCCCUCUGCCGAGAGCCCUGUGACAGGAACAAAGCGUGCCUGCCCUGCUGUGCGAGCCACGGGCUGUCCCCCUCUUGCUGCCAGGCGCCCUGCAGCCCCAGGAGCAGGGCAGAUGAGCUGGAGGAGAGCUGGCUCCUCGAGGAGAUCUUCUUCAUUUGA